AUAUCUGCUCUCACAGGACCCUGCAUUCACUAUAUCUGCUCUCACAGGACCCUGCAUUCACUAUAUCUGCUCUCACAGGACCCUGCAUUCACUAUAUCUGCUCUCACCGGACCCUGCAUUCACUAUAUCUGGUCUCCCCGGACCCUGCAUUCACUAUAUCUGGUCUCCCCAGGACCCUACAUUCACUAUAUCUGCUCUCACAGGACCCUGCAUUCACUAUAUCUGGUCUCCCCAGGACCCUGCAUUCACUAUAUCUGGUCCCCCCAGGACCCUGCAUUCACUAUAUCUGGUCUCCCAGGACCC